AGAGCACCAAAAAUCAGGAUGCAAUGAAAAGUGUCAAGCAGACCAGAGCCAGAGAGGAUCCUCUUGUGAGAGCACAUGAAGUGCCAGAGGCUGCGCAGAGUGAGAGAGAGGAAAAGCCAAGAGAGCAGUCCUUCACAGAGCAAAUGGUGAAAAAGAAAGCAGACUUCCUAAAGAAAAUAGAUGAGACGAUGAAUGAGAGAAGGCAGACGAAGAGGGAGAAUGAGCAGAGGAAGUGGGAGGAGUUACAGAAGAGGCAGGAGAUGUGGCAGAGGAAGAGGGAGAGUGAACAGAAGAAGUGGGAGGAGUGGGAGAGAAAGGAGAGGGAAUGGAAGGAAGAGCGAAUGACUGAGGAGCAGAAGAAGAGACGGGCAGAUAAAGAGGAAGCGGAGAGGGUUAAGGCACUGCUUCCCAAGAAAAAGAACAAAUUCAAGUCAUUUGUUUUUCAUUUAUUCUUUGUGUAAUUCAAAACCAAGUUCAGCAAACUCGAAUCUGGCUUGUAGCAGUGGAAAAAUGAUAACACACAAUUUCCCUUUGGCCUCAGUUCAACA